GGCUCAGCAUCCAGGGGGCGGGACUCACCGGGGUCUGGUCCACUUAAAAGGGUGGGAGCGGCCCAAAGCCCAUUUCUCCUGCAGAGUCUUCAGACAGCUGGUGCCGAAACUCCAGGAACAUCCUUCUCUCUUCAAUCAUGGCUUGUGGUCUGGUCGCCAGCAACCUGAAUCUCAAACCUGGGGAGUGCCUCAGAGUGCGGGGCGAGGUGGCCGCAGACGCCAAGAGCUUCUCGCUGAACCUGGGCAAAGAUGACAACAAUCUGUGCCUGCACUUCAACCCUCGUUUCGAAGCGCAUGGGGACAUCAAUACCAUCGUGUGUAACAGCAAGGACGCUGGGGCCUGGGGGGCCGAGCAGAGGGAAUCUGCCUUCCCCUUCCAGCCUGGAAGUGUCGCGGAGGUAUGCGUCUCCUUCAACCAGACAGACCUAACCGUCAAGCUGCCUGAUGGAUACGAAUUCAAGUUCCCCAACCGCCUCAACCUGGAGGCCAUCAACUACCUGGCUGCAGGUGGUGACUUCAAGAUCAAGUGUGUGGCCUUUGAGUGACAUGGGCCAGCCAGCCCAUGGCCCCCAAUAAAGGCAGCUGCCUGUGCUCCCCCUGA